AAACGAGACACCAAUAAAAGCAUCUCCAGUAAGGUUUCUAUUUAAGAGCCGAGGGUAAAAAAUCAGCUCCAGCAGGGUCUCUACUCGGACCUCUGAAGUAGGGAGGUACCCAAAUCCCCCAUCCAACCCCAUCUCCCACGGGUGGCUAGGGGCCUCCCUACUUUUUCCGUUGAACAGUUUCUCCCUCCCCGCGCGCGAAUCUUCCAAGGCCAAGCCUGAUUGGGUCGCGCUCGCUCGAAUCCGCCGCCUGUGCCCUACUCCUUCGCACCACCGCACAAGCCGGCCAUGAUGCGUCGGCCGUGGCGCGCUCGCUCCUCCGCCCUGCCACACGAGCCCUCUGCUCCGUGAAGACCUCCCAGAUCUUGAGCAUGGAGGACAGUGCACACAGCGGAUGGAAAAGCUCUCCAACCUUCGAUUGGAGACUUCCGUUGGACGCCCGGAGCUCCGUUGGCUCACUGCUCAGCCUCCACCGCCCCCGCUUGGAGCUCCAGCACUCAUCGCUCGGGCUCCGGCGCCCCGGCCCGGUCGCCCGAAGCUCCGCCAGCGCGCUGCUCGGCCUCCACCGCCCCCGCCUAGAUCUGCGUGACCGCCGCUCGGGGUCUGGCGCCCCCGCUCGGUCGCCCAGAGGUCCGGCGCCCCUGCCGCCCGGGGCUCCGCCGUUCUGGAUCGGGACUGGACCGGGAUGGGGAGACAGAAGAAAGGAUGGAGAGGGAGGAGAAUGGGUCCCACGUGUCAUGAAAGGAAAAAAAUUAGACACUGACAUAUGGGUCCCACCUGUCAUCAUGAAGUCGGGGCUGAAAUAUGCUAUCUCUCUGUUGCUCACCGGUGACCACAGGUCAUGGUCUCUUCACCUGACCUCGCAUGCAAUCCCCUGCUGCUUCGUUCCUGCGCGAACAUGGCUGGUGCUCGGCGCGAGGCAGCGACCAACCAGCAUCAGAGUGGAAGCCAUCGCGCAAACACUUCCAAAUAGUAAAUUGAAGUAUCCUCUUUUCAGUUUUCAGGCUGUGCGGCUGCUUUUGUGCAACGCUCCAAUAAUGUGAUUCUCUGGAUGACCUAUACCAAUGCAAUGCGAGAAACAGGGACUUGCAUGCUCACUGCUGAGAAAUAAUAAGCACGGUUAU